AUGAUUAAAGGUUUCGAAGGAGAUGAAAGCAGUGAUAAUAGCACAUCCCUAACGAAAAUCUCAAAUUCAAGAGUUUACACUCCGGCACGAAUGAGAAGGAGAGCUAGACUAUUGGAAGAAUCUAAAAAAGAAAAUUAUACGGUAAAAAAGGAUGAUAGUAUGGUAAAAACAGUAGUAUUGAAAACUAAUGAAAAUGAGGAAACUAUAAAAUCGGAUUCAAGUCCUGUAUCAAAAGGAUUCAAUAAAAGUUUCGAAAGAAAAGUUUUUUCACCGAGCAAUACAAUAAUGACACCCAUAAGGAAAAAUUCUUCCGAUGGACAAAAUAAGUUAAAUUUUCAAAAUUCCGUAUCGACGAGUAGAUUUGAGAAUAGUAACCUUUCUAGUUCCAUAAAUAAAAUGGGUAACUUAUAUGGAUCUUUAUCGUCUCUCAGCACUCUCGGAAGUGCCGAACUUCACGACAUUCGACCCAUUAACGGUAAUGGUAGUAAUUUAAUAAAUAAUUCACCAAAAGAUAAUGAAAAAAUUAAAAUUUUAGCAACUUUGUUACCCGAUCAAAUUUUAAGCGAUCCCACUACUCGUAAACUUCAUUAUUACAACACGGCCGUACUUUUCCCUGACGUUUCAGGUUUUACCCAGCUUUGCGAAAAAUAUGACAAAACAGGAAAAGGAGGACCGUCGAGAUUGACGGAAGUAUUAAACGGAUAUCUCGGGUCAAUGAUACAAAUAGUACUUUCUAGAAACGGUGACGUUUUUAAAUUCGGAGGCGAUGCUUUUUUUUGCGUUUGGAAAGUACCCGUGAACGGUGAUAUAAGGAACAUUGUUUAUUUGGCCAUAGAAUCCGCAAUAGAUAUACAAAAAAAUUGCGGUGAACACGAAACGGAUGUCGGAGUUAAACUCGGAGUAAAAGUUGCCGUGGCAGCUGGAAGAGCAAUUUUUUCAAUCAUAGGUACCGAAUCUAGAAAACAUUACGUCAUUUUCGGUUCUCCCGUAAUUGAUGUGAGGGAUGCAGAAUUGUUAUGUAAAUCCGGAGAUGUUAUUGUUGCACCUUCCGCUUGGAGACACGUUGAAAAUUACAUGCUUUAUAGUUACACGUAUCAUUCUAAUAACACUCACAUAAGGGUACACGAUUUCGGUCCCAUGUGGAAACCCUCGGCUAUUCCCAUCAGUAGUGCAUCAAACGCUAACGAUCCAGGUACCGAACGUAAUUCAUUGAAAUUCAUAACCCGAUUAAAAACGGAAGAACUUCGUCCCUUCAUACUUACUCCCGUUAUGAAAAGCAUUGAUUUAAAUCAAUCAUUAAGUUACCUAACGGAAAUGCGUCAGGUUGCCAUUGUUUUUUUUAAUGUAGUCGUUGAUUUGAGUAAUGCAUCCGCCGAGGAUUACAUUAAACUAAGUCACAAAGCUUUUGUCAUCGUGUCGACGACAGUUGAUAAAACGGACGGAGCCGUGAAUAAGUUGACUCUCUUUGAUAAGGACAUGGCGAUAUUAACGGUUUUCGGGCUCAAGGGAUUCAAACACGAGCUCUCGAGUCAAGUCGCAUUAAAAUGCGCAUAUAAUUGCGUUGAACAAUUAAAAAAAUUACCAAUAUUGUCAGCAUCCGCCGGCGUGACGACCGGAAUGGCUUACUGCGGCGUUAUCGGACAUCCGCUACGAAAAGAAUACACCGUCAUGGGACGAUCUGUUAACAUGGCGGCUCGACUCAUGUGCGCGUAUCCGAACAUAGUAUCGCUCGAUAGAGAUUCGUUUCUUCAUUCGAAAUUAGAAUCCGGUCAUUUUGAAGUUUUAGAACAGAAAGUUUUAAAAGGAGUCGAAAACAAGGGACCGUUUUAUAAAUUCAAUUUGAAAAUAACACGAAGUAAAUUAAAACUCGAUUACAACACGUAUCCAUUAUUGGGAAGGGGAAAAGAAAUAAUGGAAUUUGAAAAAUUAUUGGAUGAAUACAUGAAUAAAGGGAGUAAAAUAAAUUUUAUGGUUAUUUACGGUACUGCGAGAAUAGGGAAAAGUCGUUUGAUUGCCGGUUUGAUAAACAUUGCCGAAAAACAAAAUUAUUCAAACGAAGACAAAACGGAAGACAAUAAAAGAAUUGUAGCUUCUUAUUCUGCCAUAAGACUCCUUUUUCAACAACCGUUAGGAUUGAACGAAUCAUCUUUGAUUGAAGAAAGAGAAGAUAAGAUAGUGUCUAAAUUGGAAGACAUGAAAGACAUAUCACUUUUACCAGCACUCAAUCCCAUUUUUAAUGUCAAUUUCGAAUUGACUCCCGAAUAUAUGAGUUUGACGGUGGAGCAACAAACGGAAGCUCAAACCACGUUGACGAAUCAUCUAUAUAAAAAAUGUUUUUCAAAAGGUACAAAAUGGUUGGUUUUUAUCGACGAUGCCGAAUUCAUGGACGACGAAUCGUGGAUCAUGUUGAAAUGGUGCUCACAUUUAUCCUAUUCGGUUUUUUACGUUUUGACGGUGGGACAAAGGAGAAUUUUAUCACAUGCGGCUACAGAAGCUUUGGCGUCGUUCAAUCAAAAAAAAAUCGAUUUGGGGGAAAUUGAAAAAUGGUAUUAUUCGGGGAUGGCGUGUCAAAUACUCGGUGUCGUCGCCAUACCGGUAGAACUUGAAAAUCUCAUGCAAAAAUUUAAAAGCAGCGGAAAUCCAGGAUGGUUGGAAAGUUUUUUAAUAACUCUCCUUCAGUCCGGAAAUAUUUACAUAAGUCAAAUAUCGAUGAACGAAAUUAAAAAAUUAGGACUCAUAACCGCACCCGAUGAAAUGUUAUCGACGGCCGUAAUGUCAAACGAAAAUGAAAAAUACGACACUUCGUAUUGGUUGGAUUACGUUGAAAAUUUUGAGGCACAUAAAAAUGCUGAUUAUCAAAAAGUAAACGUUUGCCUUCUCGGACCUAAUUUUUUCGUAGAUAAUAAAGCGGGAACGGAUUUGACUAUGGACACCAUGUUUAUAAAAACAAUCGACGGUUUGAAACCUAUCGAGCAAUUAGUUUUAAAAGUAGGUUCCGUGUUGGGAAAUAAUUUCAGGAGAACAGCUUUAGCAUUUGUCAUGUCGAAAGAUAGCAGUUUCAACGAAAGAUCUCUUGCAAAGGCCAUCAAAACAUUGUUCGACAUGAAAAUAUUAACGUGCGCAAAAGGAGAUUUAAAUUUUUCAAAUAUUUUAGCGCCGAGGCGAAUGAUAUUAGUCACGGCUAUAAGAAAAGAAAUCACGUGCGAAUGUAGCGGAUUAGAAAUCCCAGAUACCUGUCAAGAUUUGCCACAAUAUGCCAAUUGCGGUUACAUGCAGUUUAGAUCUCCUAUUUUUCGCGAAACGGUUUACAGUUUGUUACUCGACGAACAAAAGAAAAAAUAUCACAUUGGGAGCAUAGAUUAUUUUAGAACGCACACGAACAAGUGUAAAUCCUGCGAUUAUACGCCGUUUGAUAAAAUCAUCGGAAUCAAUAAAGACGACGGGAUGGUUUUAGUUUGUAAUAUAAGUCCAAUGCACGGAGCACGAACGACAAUCGUUAAUCCGAGAGCAGGAUUCCCUUUGCUAUCCAUCGGUCAAAAAUUUGUUCUCUUCUUACGAAUGAGAUCGACGGAGGAACAUAGAAGAACAUCGCAAGUGGACGUGGAAUUCGGUAGGAUAUCCGGAACAAUGGGAGAUUGUCAAUGUCCGGAAAUUUUGGCAUCCGUUUAUUCGAUUUUACUCGAACAUGCGGCGGGUUCAGGUCGAAAAGAUAUAUUGUUAGAAGUACAAUUGGAAUAUGCUUCCCUCAAUCUGACAACUUACAACAUACCUUUGACGACGCAAAUUUUAGAAGAUGCUUUAGCUUUGGCAAACCAAAUGAAAGAAGAAAAAGAAUAUCCGGAUUUUUGCACGCCUUAUAUUUUUAGCAAAAUCUACACUUUAAUGGGAGCAAUGAAAUUAAACAUGGGUAGAACGCACAAUUCGUUGGAAUUAUUAAAAAUGGGUUUAAAAUAUUUGAAAUUUACCAUACCCGAAUCGAAGAGAAAGAACAGAAAGCAUCAUGCCUUGAUUUACUUUCCGAAUGUAUGGGAUUAA